UUUGGAGAUCAUCUACAAGAGUAGGUCAUCUAGAUAGUGCCAAACACCUGUUGCAGCUCUUAACAUUCGUCAAUUGGACUAUCCAAAUAUUAAUUAGGAAAUUUUUAUAUUAGAUCACCUCUUUAAAUAGUCUGGUCUGCACUUAGCUUAUUCCUCAGAUUUCGUAAACAUAUACUCGAUUGGCAACGGAGUUAAUACAUGGCGAAGUUCCAAAAGCCAAUAGAUGAAAAGGGAUGGGUUAUCCACAUAAAGGAGUCAUUCAAGGUUGAAGAGGAGGAAACAGGAAUGGGAGUGAGCAUAUUCAAUGUCCCGAAGGCUCUAAUGGCUUCGGACCCGCUGUCCUACGUGCCCCAACAGAUAGCCAUCGGGCCGUACCAUUACUGGCGGGUUGAGCUUUAUCAGAUGGAGAGGUACAAGGUGAACGCGGCGAAGAGGUUCUCGAAACGUCUCCCGGAUGGCCUCAAGUUCGAAGAAGACGUGGUGGGCUCGAUCAAGCAGCAAUGUGUGCGGAUCCGAGCAUCGUAUGGCAAGUACUUGAACCUUGACGACAUUACGUUGGCGUGGAUGCUGGCGAUGGACGCGUGUUUCUUGCUUGAGUUUCUCGGGGUGUAUGCUAGCUGCCCACGCCCGGAAGUUGGCCUAAGGAUGUCUCAUAUGGUAGACGUGUUGGGACGAAAGUCGGGCCACAAUGCUUCUUUAAGGGACAUUGUGAUGCUGGAGAACCAAAUCCCGUUGUCCGUUUUAAGGAAAAUGCUUGAAUGGGAGCUUUCGUCUCAGGAUUUGGCCGACGAAGUGUUGCUUGCCAUGUUGAUGGGGCUGUACAAAGAUCUUUCCCCAUUUCCCGUGGCCGAGUUCAUUCCGAGACUCGAUGAUUGUGCUCAUUUGCUUGAUUUCUUUUACCAGCUCAUGGUUCCAGCUGCAGCAGCAUCCCUGCAAGUAGACAAUGUAUUGUGCUGUACUAGUAGCAGUACUGGUUGUGUAGAACAAGCAGCAGGAGAUGAGGAUCAAACCACCAGCAUCUCCGCGGCUGCCCCUGCAGCUUGUGAUGUUGAUAAAAGUUAUCUUCUUAAUCUGGUUCAACAAGUAUGGGAUAAGCUUCUGUCUUUGUCUGGUUCAACAAAUAUUACUAAACGUAAUGCACGGAUUACGCGCGUUGUUAAGGUCAUUGAGAAGUUGCCGUGGGGCACUAUGGCUACCCUUCCGGUAGUAAAGGAAUAUCUGAAGCGUUUUUUCCCCGCCACCACCACCACCAUCACAUCUGUUAAUAAUAAAAAGUUAGACAAUGGCAAUGACAAUGACACUACUACUACUAGUGCUACUACUUUGUUUGCUUCUUCAUUGGUGGAAGAUAUCAACAUUCCGACAGUGUAUGAGCUCAUGAAGUCAGGAGUUGAGUUCUUACCAACGAAUGGAGGGGGUUGCGGUAUUCCGAGCAUUGCUUUUGAUUCCACAACCGCGACGCUGCAUCUGCCCGUGGUGAGGAUAGACGUGAACUCACAAGUGCUGCUGAGAAACAUGGUUGCUUACGAGUCGUGCAUCACAUGCGGGCCGUUAGUCUUUGCUCGUUACCUCGAGUUCAUGAACGGGAUCAUCGACUCUGCCGAGGAUUCCCGGGCUCUUCGGGAGAAGGGCAUUCUCUUCAAUCAUUUGAAGAGCGACGCCGAAGUGGCCGAUCUUUGGAAUGGGAUGAGCAUGUCCAUUAGGCUGACCAAAGUGCCCUUCUUGGACAAGGUCAUUGCAGAUGUCAACAACUACUAUAAUUGCAGGUGGAGGGUGAAGGCAGGGAGGUUUAUCAUGUCCUAUGUGUAUGGGUCUUGGAAGAUUUUCACAUUGCUUGCCACACUUUUGCUCUUGCUUCUCUCAGGUUUAGAAGCAUUUUGUUCUGUUUAUAGCUGCCCUCGUUUUUUUCAUUUAGAUCCUACCCCUUAAAAUAUUACUACUAAUAGAGGCUAGUUUAAGUGUAACUUGGUCUGGCCUCAUUCUGUUUCUGUUCUUUGUUUCAUUUUUAUUUGUGUGCUCCGACCCCUACAUUCACUUUAUUGCAUUAUUAUUAUUAUUAGUUAAUUCCUUUGAAUCAUUGUAAUAAUCAAUUAAUGAAAUAAGUU